AUUGGAGGAAAUGGGUGAGGUUGAUUCAGAUGACACAGAUUUGGGAUUGCACAAAGGAGCUCUGACUCAGGGUUACCGCUCCUCUCACCCCACCGCACUGUGUUCGCUCACUGCCAUUCUUAGUGACUGACUGAGAAAUAGGGCAUUACACGAGGCUGCGUUGGAAGGAACAAUAGACAACAACGAAUUGUAACGCAAAAUAUUUCACUGAAAUGGAUUGUAUCCCUACGCAAUGGAUGAAUUACCUUUUCUAAUGGCUGCACUAUAAUGCAGGUGGAGAGCGCUCUUUAUGAACACGUAACGUAACCUAUGUGAGUAGCCUGUGGAAGAAUACUGAUAAAUAUAACCAUAACAAAGGAGUCGUCAAGACAAGCCCGCAUUAACGCUCUCUCGUUCUUCAACAAUAAUUUGCCGUUCAGGAAAAACACAUGGCUCGUUUUAAAGGAGCAGCUGCGAUGUUAACAGCAGAGAGCAAGAGGACUUUCAUUUGGAUUUAAAGCUGUAUGCUGUGUUUUGGCCAGUCAGCCUUUUUCCGCUUCAACCACCCAGAGGAGGCGUUCAGGAUGAAGAGCAUGAUGCCAGAGGGAAGCAAGGGCUCCGGUGGGAACUACAGAAUCCACUCAGACUCAAAGAGCCUGGUCAAUGGGAACCAUCAGUCAGGAGCGUCCCAGUCGCACCACCCAGCUCCCGGUGAGAGAGUCUCCUGCUCUGAGCAUAGUGCCAUCGUCAGCUCCAUCGAAAAGGACCUCCAGGACAUCAUGGACUCCCUAGUCAUGGAUGAUCCCCAGCCUUCCGCUUCAGACUCAAAAAAGCCAGACCACCCCAUCCCCAACUCUCCGCUGUCCCCCAUGGUCAACGGAGGAGGCCGCAACCUCCUCUCCCCUCCCACCAGCCCGGGGGCUAUGUCAGUGGGCUCCAGCUAUGAGAACACCUCCCCGCCCUUCUCCCCCCUGUCCUCUCCAUCGGCGGCCAGCAGCGCAGGCAGCUACACCAGCCCUUCUCCCAGCGGCUGCCUGGACCCCCAGGACCCAUCUCUGCCCCCCGUGCCGGUCCGCUCAUCCAGCUACAACUACACAACUACACCGCCCAUCCCCCAGCCAAGGACCAUACUGACCAACUACAGCCCCGGCAGUGGGGUGCAGAGGGUUCCUGAGAGCCCCAGGCUCCAGAGGAAAGGUCUCCUGGAGGCCCCCCAAAGCCCCAAGCCGGCCCGCAGAGGCCAGAGCCUGGACAGCCCAGGGGGGAUGGGUUCAGAGGUUCCCAGACUGACCCACCUAUCUGUUGCAUCAGCCGAUGCCGGGUACAUGGGCAGGAACGCAGUGCCAAGUAGCCCCAGACUCACCUCCAAGUUCCCCUACGCCACGACGUCCUCCUCCCCAUCCAGCCCCAGGACGAAAGCAGGCACCAUCCUCCAGGAGAGUCCGGCCAGACCCUUCAGAGAGCAGGCGGACCGCUCCCUCACCUCCAGCUCUUCCAGACAGCUGCUAUCCCAGCCCAGCAGGGCCUUCCAGCCUCCCCUGGACCCCAUCGUCCACAUCAUCCAGGGGGGCUCUCCGCUCCAGCAGCACCACCCCUUCCCCCACCCCCUCACGCUGCAGCCCCCAGAGAGCCCUCGGCUGACCCGCAGGAACCUCGAGCUCAGCAGCGUUGGCGGCGGCGGGGGCAGCAGCAUGAGGGAACUCCCUCCUCUCAGCCCCUCCAUGGCCCGCAGAGGGGUGCCUGUUCUCCCGGGGGCUCUCCCUGGAAGUAUCCACACGUUGAGAACGCCCGAGAGCCCAUCAUCAUUGGGGAAGCUGGGAGUCCCGGAGAGCCCCAGGCUCCGACGCAAGGCCGGCUCCCCCCCGGAGGACCAGUUUGGCGGCAGUGUGGUCCGAGCCCGCAGCCCCUCCCCCACCUUGGGGCUGAUGAUGAUGGAGAGCGGGGGAGGGGGGAGGAAGGCCAGCAUUGGGAACGCCCUCUCCCCUGCUUACAGCCUGGGCUCCCUACCUGGCUCCUCGCCUCUCGCCAGCCCCAGGGGCCAUAGGAAGAUGUCCGGGGGGCCCCGGGAGCUGAGGGGCCCCCACCCGGGCAUGCGGGAGCGCAAAAACAGCAUCUCUGAGAUCAGCGACAACGAGGAUGAGCUGUUGGAGUACCAUCGGCGCCAGAGAGAGGAGCGGCUCAGGGAGCAGGAGAUGGAGAGACUGGAGAGGCAGAGGCUGGAGACCAUCCUGAACCUGUGUGCCGAGUACAACAAGGGCGACGGGCCCUUGGGGGGCGAGGCGGAGGGGAGGAUGGGCUUCCCUGGGGGCCUGGGGGAGGGGGCAGCCAGGAGACCCUCUAUGGACAGCUUGGUGCAUCGUAGCAUGGCCCAGAGACAACAGAGGGAGAGCGAUGAGGAGAACCUCAAGGAGGAGUGCAGCAGUACAGAGAGCACCCAUCAGGAGGUGAGGACGCCACUUCCUCCACAGGCCCUCCACAAUGGAGGCAGAUACCAGCAUGAGGAGCAGUCUGUUUCGUGUGGUGUGGGGCGGGCAGAGCUGGGUUACCUGGAGGACGAGAGGGUCAGAGUUCUGGCCCGAGUCGACGAGCUCAAAUCACGAAUCACAGAGCUGGAGCAACAGCUACAGGAGUCCAAGCAGGAGGCGGAGAUGGAGCGGGCGCUGCUGCAGGGGGAGAGGCAGGCGGAACUGGACCAGGUAGAGGCGGAGACAGAGAUCAUCGGACAGCUGCAACACAAGCUGAAGGAGCUGGAGAACGCCAUCCAGAGGGAGAAAGACAAGGAGAGGGCAAAUGUUGACGCAGAGCGCCGAGCCCUGGAGAGCCUCCAGGAGGGCUACAGUGAGCUGAAGAACCAGCUUCAUAACUGCCCCGAGUCACUGAGGGAGCAGUUACAGGAACAGCUCAAAAGGGAGGGCGAGACCCUGGAGUCAGAGACAAAGCAGUUUGAGGACCUGGAGUUCCAGCAGCUGGAGAGGGAGAGCAGCCUGGAGGAGGAGAGGGAGACCAUCAGCCAGCAGCUGCUGCAGGAGAGGGCCGAGUACCACACCAGCGUGGCCAAGAGGAAGGACAAGGUGGCAGCUCUGGAAGGCCAGGCCAGUCAGCUGGGACAGCAGGCGUCUCAGGAGUGUGACAGGCUGGCUAAGGACAGGAACCUUACCCUGCAGAUUCUCCAUAAGGAGAAAGAGAGACUAUUGGCCCUAGAGAAGAGGUACCUCAGCCUUACUGGAGGAAGAAGUUUCCCUAAGAGUUCUAGCACCAUGAAAGAGGAAGUGCUCCAUAUCAGCGAGACUGACCUGUUAGAGGACUCCCACUCCCAGCAUCCUUUCUGCCAACCCACUGCUUCAUAUUUAAGCUCCUCCUCUCAGUUAUACCCAGGGGGCAGCCCGUCAGAGGAGUACAUGAAGCUCUCGGAUGUCUAUAAGAUGUAUGGGAGUGAUUGCCAUGACACCCAACUCACCACCUCUGCUCAGCAUGGCCUCUCGCUCACCCUAGACGCAGCUGUCCCCUGCGAGGAGUACGUGACUGUGGGCCAGUUAACUCAGAUCUUUGGGAUGCCGAAGGUCGAGUCCUCCCCUACCUCUCCUCUUCGGCCCCUCCAGUCAAGAGCGGGAGACCCCGCCUUCUCCUGCCUCUCCUUUCCUCAUGGCUCCUGCCCCUCUCUCUCUGUUGAGUACCAGCCUGAGCGCAGUAGGCCUCAAAUCCCCACUCUAGAUUUAGAGCAGUGGUACCAGGAGGUGAUGGCUGCUGGGGAGAGCAGCCAGCUCUGCCCCCCUCCCCCUCUACCAGCUAAAUCUCUCUCCGCUCGCAGGCCUAUGCAGGUGUUCCGCUCCAAGCUGGACAGUGAAGCUGGACAGACGGUACAUCAACCCAAAGCAGGCUCCGGAUCCCAUCUGCAGUACGUAGCCGCCACACUGGGACGCAACACAACCUCCAAGAGCCCACUGAUGGUCCCCAACAGUACAGGCAGUUUGCCACGGAACUUGGCUGCCACCAUGCAGGACAUAGAGACCAAGAGAGCGCUAGCCUUACAGCAGAAAGAGUCCUCCUUGCCUUCCACGUCUGAGUCUCCCUGCUCCACCAUGGACAAUCCCACAGACAGACAGAUAGACAGACAGACCUCUGAGCCUGGGAGCCACCAGGUGAUCGAGGAGCAGCGGCGGCGUUUGGCCGAGCUGAAGCAGCGGGCUGCAGUGGAGGCCCAGUGUCAAUGGGAUGCGCUCCACGGCUCACAGACCCACCUCAACACCCAGUACGCCCCCUCUCACGUCCACGGCCCUCCCAUGGUGCACCACUCCAUCCUGCACCACCAGCCACCGUCGGCGGGCGAGCAGCCGUACGACACACUGAGCCUGGAGAGCUCUGACAGCAUGGACACCAGCGUCUCCACCGGCAACAACUCGGCCUGCUCCCCCGACAACAUGUCCAGUGCCAGUGGGAUGGAUGCGCUGAAGAUCGAGGAGAUGGAGAAGAUGCUGAAAGAAGCCCACCUAGAGAAGGCCAGGCUCAUAGAAUCCAGAGAGCGAGAGAGCCAUGCCCGUAGGCAGAUGCUGGAGGAGGAGAGGAAGAGGCGCGAGGAGGCUGAGAAGAGGCUGCAGGACGAGACAGUGCACAGGCAGCAGCUGGUGGACAAGGAGGUGAAGAUGAGGAGCAAGAACUUCUCCCAGGCUCGUCCUAUGACUCGUUACCUUCCCAUCCGCAAGGAGGAGUUUGACCUGCGCUCCCACAUCGAGUCAUCCGGCCACAACGUGGAGACCUCUUACCACGUGAUCCUCACCGAGAAGAUGUGCAAGGGUUACCUGGUCAAGAUGGGCGGCAAGAUCAAGUCGUGGAAGAAACGCUGGUUUGUCUUCGAUCGCCUCAAAAGGACCUUCUCCUAUUACGUUGACAAGCACGAGACCAAACUGAAAGGAGUCAUCUACUUCCAGGCCAUUGAAGAGGUCUACUAUGAUCACUUGCGUAGUGCCACGAAGAAAGGAUUUUUCAACCUCAAUUUGACCAAUCACUUUUCUGAGCUCCUGCCUCCUCAGUUUCGAAGAGAGAGCCCCAAUCCCUCGUUGACCUUCUGUGUGAAGACUCACGACAGACUCUACUUCAUGGUGGCCCCUGUCCCGGAGACCAUGAGGAUAUGGAUGGACGUUAUAGUAACCGGAGCCGAGGGCUACACACAGUUCAUGAACUAAUAGGGGAGAGUUGCGUACGGUGGCCUAGCGGUGACAAAGGGUCAUAAGGAGACUGUUUCGGCAGGGACACACUUCAAUAGACUCAGGCCUUUCCCUCUCCCAGUAUUGGGAAAUUGCCUUUUUAUUUUGUUACGUUCAUUAUAUCUAUUUUUAAAUCACUUUACAAUAGACAUUUUUCUCCACUGGUUUUUCUACUUGCUUCUGCCUGCGGAUUGAAAAAGGGAGCCCUGGAAGAGACAGACACACACUGUAUAUAACCAAAACAACAAAAUACUGUCAGACUUUCUGCUUAAAAGCCUUUCUAUAUUGCCAAAUGGAGAUCUUGUUUUAGCUACAGGCUCUUGCUUAUGAGACCUACUUUGUGUAUCAGUGUCUUUGAUAGUUUAACUUUUUUUUUUUUUUCAAUUUAGUUUGUUUUUACACACUAAAUGCAAUAUUGCCAAAUUACAUUAAACCAAUGGUUUGACAGAUGGUUGUUUUAUGGAAUGUUUCAAAUAGAAUACGAAGGCAUUUGCCCGAAUCUACUUAAGUUCAUCAGUGAGCUAAAGAUGUAAUAAUUUAAUAAAUUCUAUUGAAAAUGUUGGAGAAUAAACCUAAUUGAAAUCAGUGAGACCAUGACACAACCUACCAAUGUCAAGAAACACACUAACUCCAGGCCAUACUACAUUUCUGUUCACGUCAGAGAUAAAACUAGAUCUUGAUCCAUCUCUGUGACCUUAGUCUACUGCUGAACUAGAUUCCACUGUCUGUCUUCUACUGUAAUGUUGCCAACUGCUAAAGGUGUACACACACAGUCUGUUGGCCAAGUCCUGAUAACUUGAUCUUAUGACUUGACCCUUUGCGUAAGCAGCCAUUCCAUCACUGCCAGCCUACAACACCAGUAGCUCUGGGGACUACAUAAUGAGACCACAAACAGUACGUCAUUAUAAUAAUGCUAAUCAUUCUGUGCCUUGAGAUGUCAUAAUACUCCUAGUCUGUAACUGUUAAUUGAGCAGAAUCGUGCUGGUCUUCUAGCUUUGUUGUUGAAUUCUGAUACGGUUAACAGCAAUACACAAGUGCAUGUGAACAGUAACCUCCCCUGAAUUUCAAAUCAAGUUCCAGCCCCCACUACAUCCUAUGAUAUUGCUUACACUUAUCCAAUUCAUUCAGAUCUCCACAAAUGCACAGGGAUUUCGGAUUCAGGGUGAAUUUCAGCUUUAAUAGAACGUCAUGAUCUGGUAGCUUGACAUCGUAAAGGAUUCAGACAGGCUACGUGAUCACGUUUUAUAAAUCACCAUCUGAAUAUAUUUUUAGAUUAGACUAUGCUGUGAUUUUGAACAUGUAAACCUGAGUGUUUAGGUUUGUGAAGCCUUGUGAAAUUGAGUUGCAUCUUUUUCUAUUUAUGGUUAAUCUGCCAGAUACAGUAGUACUGUAAACAAUGUCACGUAUAAGAAAAGAGACAAGACGUUAAAUGUUUUUAUUUUCCCCGCACCAAAAUGGGUGCAAACAAAUGUUCAGCAUUGGCCAGAGGUAUCAGUGUGAAGUUUUUUUUUCAUACUGUAAAAAGAUGUAUGAAAUGUUAUUUACUCAUCAUUCAACCAGUAUUGUACAAAAAGCCAUUUUUACUUGUCAUUUAAAGAGAAGUUCAAUGGUCAGAAUACACUUCAGUUUUAUGAUAGUGUUGUAUCAGUAUACUUUAUUUGAUACAGUAUACCACACUGAAUAGAUAACGCUCAUACAAAAUAUCAUUUCCAUCUCACUUGCUCCCAUCUCUCACACCAUAUUAUGUUGACGGAACACUGUUUCAUAUAGCACUUUCAUGUAUGAUUAUAUCGAUUGUCAGAUCUAUUAAAACAGAAAUGUUA